CAUUUUAAUUAGUACUACCCACAAUGCAGUUCGGGUUUUUCUGGCGAUGAACACUGAACUAGAAAUAUUUCUAGUUCAGUGGCAAUGAACUGGCCGAAAUUAUGGUUAGUCUUAUUUCAGGCCAUUUAACUUUUGAUUGAGCUGGACAAGUACCCGAUUGACAUAUCAAGUCCUAAUGUACUGUUAAUUGUGACUAAUGUCAGUGAAUUAAAGCAAAAUCUAUCGAAGGAUUGAUUUUUGAUGAGCUAUGAUUUAACACGUGAGUGAAUGGGGGUCUACAUGUAACCCAAAUGGCAUGCAUGAUGUUGAUGAAAAAGCCCUCUACGUUUACGGUAUUAUACAACCACAUGCUGUUUACCUUUUGUACAAGCGCAAGCAGACAGCACUGUGUGGAGUGUGUAAAUAACGUAGAAUAUUGGCCCUUUGCGAGUAGAUGCUGACGGAUCGAUCAUUGAUUGGGUUGCUCUGAGCUCUAAUCCAAGUAAUUAAUCCAAGAUGUCUUCAUCACCACCUACAAAGAGGCAUAAAGAAACCAAAUCGGCCGUGUCAUCUCUUCAAAACGAUGCAAAGAUAAUACUGUUGGAUAUAGAAGGAACUACUACUCCUAUCACAUUUGUUGCAGAUGUUUUGUUUCCAUACAUCCGAGAGAAUGUAGCAGAAUAUUUAGACGCUCAUUGGGACGAAGAACAAUGUCAACAAGAUAUUGAGGCACUUAGGUUACAGGCUGAAUCAGACAAAGAGGCUGAUGGAGUAGUCUCCAUUCCAGAUGCAUCUGAUAAAGAGUCUGAUGAGGAGACUAUCAAAGAGGCUGUAGCGAAGAAUGUUCUGUGGCUGAUGGAUGCUGAUCGUAAGGUGACCGCUCUUAAGCAGCUACAGGGUCAUAUGUGGCAAGAUGCGUAUGGGUCCAAGAUAAAGGGAGAAUUGUUUAAAGAUGUUGUGCCGUGCAUUAAAAGAUGGAAAGAAGAAGAGAAAGAUGUUUACAUCUACUCAUCUGGCAGCGUUCAGGCUCAAAAGCUUCUCUUUGGCAAUAGUGUGGAAGGAGACAUUUUACCACUUUUAUCUGGCCACUAUGACACCAAGAUAGGAGCCAAGGUGGAGAAAGAAAGUUAUACUCGGAUUGCUGAUGAUUUAAAGGUGGAACCAGGAGAGAUACUUUUUCUUACUGAUGUUACUCGAGAGGCCAGACCAGCCAAGGAGGCGGGGCUUAAAUCGGCUAUUUUAGUUCGUCCUGGAAACAAGGCUUUGACAGAUGAAGAGAAGAAGGAGUUUGAUCUACUCGAAUCAUUUAAAGAACUCUGGCCGGAUUGGGAGGAUAAAGAUGACGAUUGAUCAAUUUCCAAGAAAGUAAUUUGAAAAAGUAUUGAUGAUAUGAGGCUGAACAUAAAGGCCCGUUUUCACAAAAAAGGUUUCAAUUAUACCGUGGUACAAAAUCAUGGAUUAUGCAGAUUUCUUGUAUUGUCGCGCUUCCCUUUUAGCGCCCUUUGCGAAAAGCGCACAUUAAGUUGAAUUAUUCGUAGUGUUUGAGGUGAAAUAAGCGUAAUUAUGUACAAAAAUCUGCAGUACAUGGUAAUGUACCAUGUUAUAAUUGAAAUUUCUUUCGAGAAUACGUGCCAGAUUUCUUGAUGUAUCUGUUCAAAUUAUGUUAACACUUGUAUGAAAGGGAUGUUUUUUGACUGAUGCUGCAUAGUUUGCUAUUUUUCUUUCUCACAGCUGAUGUGGGUAAAACUCAUUCUUAGAAAGGAGACUCCUUGAUGAAUAUGACUUGAUAUCAAAUUACAGGUCUUCUGUCGUGAAAUAUUAUGAAAGGGUUACAGCUCAGUAAACAUGAUCAAGACUUAUGUGAACUGAGGCAACAAGAAGUGCUUAUUUAGUAGUGGGAGAACAGUGUAAAAGACUGCAUCUACUGAUUUCCUAAAAUAUAUUAUGUGUUUUUAAGUUGACUCUUUUUUUAGAACUUAUGGAUUUGGAAUGGAUAGUAGUCUCACUGUGUAAACCUCACAUGACUGCCUUACAAUUUAUUCUGCUGGAAUAACAAUUCAACUACCAGUAUUUUAUUGUGUACUGUAAGCAGGGUACUUCAUAGACAGCUGAAAUCCGUCUGGACGAGUUUUUUCCACAUUUUUUUUUCUUGUAUGGAGAGAUGUAGUGUGAAGAUUCUUCAUUUGUUUUCACUACGUGGGCGCGUUGUAGUCUACUGGUUCUGACUCUCGCCUUUUAAACAGACAGUUAUUUUGGUGUAGCAAGUAAUUAAAAAAUUAAAACAGUACUACAUUUCUUGUUUUUGCUUUCAACACUGAAAUAUAUUUGAUGAUGUAUAAAUGUGUUACUCAUUCAUAUCCCUUUCUUAGAAUAAUAAUUUAUACAUUCAUUAUUCAGUUCAGUCAUUGUUUUUACAUGUAUAUUCUUUUCAUUAAACUGCGCAUCAUGUUUGUUUUUUGUUUUUAAAGUAUAAAGUCUAGUGGUGUUUCUUUGUGUAUUUAUAUUAUUUACUAAUUUAAGGGCAGGUAGACAUUGUUCCUUACCAAGCUAUCUUGUGGCUUUUAAUCAAUAAUAGAUGAAGUUGUUUGUGCCUUUAAUGGUUCCACAAAAGAUUAAAAAGAAAUAAGUGGGGAAUAAAUUCUUGUUUAUUUUUCAUUAUUGAAUUGAAGAAAGAAGUGAGUGUGAAAUGAUUUUAAAUUACUUUUUAUCAUGAAUUUCUAUCAUGGAUAAAUAAGUGGAAUGAAUUCUUAUUCAGUUUUCAUAAUGAAUAUUAAGAAAGAAAUAAGUGUUUGGUGUUGACCCUCUGCAGCUUCAUACUCGAACCAACACAAGAGGUCAUGCACACAAGCUUUACAGUGGUGCUCAACAGUUAGUGAACCCCACUCGAAUAUGAACAUAUUUAAAGUGUUUCAAGUUCUGACAUUGUUUAGAUAUUUAAUUGUGAAUUCAGGUGAUAAAAUAUUACAUUCAAUGAACUUUGUUUCUCUGGGCACGCUGUACAUUGUAGUCUUUUCAUCUACAUUCAACAAUUGAAAUGAAGGAGUGUAUUUUGUGAUGGAGGUUCACUAACUGUUGAGAACAACUGUGUAAGAUGAGAGCUAAUAAGAAUAUUCACAAGAAUCAACUCUUUACUUUGAGGAUCUGUGAUUUAUGGAAUAGUGUACCCGCUCACUGUUAUUAUUAAAUAGGAAUCUUCCUUAUUUGGGAAAGAAAAAAAAUCUGUUUUUAACUUUUCUGUUUCUGUUUUCAAGAAAACUUGUAUGUAGUAUUGCAUAGGAAAUCUAAGGAUGUUCCUAUUUCUUGGCUCUCAGGGAUGGCAGGUAUGGAAAAGUCUUCCUGAGAUUGUUUGUAUUCUAAGGAUGUUAUACAAUAAAAAAAAUUACGAUUUCAUAGUGUAGAAUUGAAAUUUGCUCAUAAGAUAUUCUGUGGACUAUUCAGAUGUCACUUUAUACCACCAGGAGCUGGAGAAACUAGAGGAACCUGCAUUCGUAUACAUGUACGGAUGUACCUGUAACGGAACCUAUAAAAUCUUUUUUUUUGUAUGAGUCUAAAGAAUCGGCAAUUCACAAGAUCUAAACCGUCAUCAAUCACAGAGGUGUAUCGUAUAUUGUUGUUGGGUAUCAAUGGAAGUUUGAUAUGAAAUGCCGCAUGAUGCACGGACAUGCGCCGCUGCGCGCAAUGUCAGGAGUUUUCAUUGCGCUCAAUAAAAAUGAUAUUCAUAUCUUACUUUCACCAAUAUAAGAAGCCUUUAUUUGUGUGUGAAAUAAAAAUCUUGACUUGGAGCAAUUGGCAAUUACCGGUACAUUUAGCCUGGUGGUCUUGUACUGUUCUUUGUACCGAUAUUUUAGUUUUCAUCAUGGGGUUUUGGUUUUAAUUGUACGACUAUUGUUUUGUUUUUAGCUUAAAGCAAUAGUCCAUAGUAUAUGAAAUAUUAAUACUUAAAAGCUAA